AUGGCUGCCUGCAGCCUUUUCGAAGAGGAUGAAGUCUGUGUGUACAAACCGGGAAAGGGCUACAGUUUUGGACUAGUCUUGGAGAACUCUGAAUUUUUGAGCAGUGGGGAAGAGGAUGAAGCUGAAGCUUUAAACGAUCGACUGUCCAAAGGAACUGUGAGAGUGUCAUGGUAUCCAAGUGGCAAAGAAACGGUAGUCUCCGAAGAUAAGGUGCAACUGUUGGACAGAUCUCUCAUGCCAGGCGAUGUGGUCAAACGACUUAUUCCUGGACAGGAGAGCCAGUGUGGAUUUGUCAUGGACAUGGAUGUUCACUGUCACCUGCGCAUACUGAGAACCAGCAAGUACAUCUACAGUGUCAACUCCAAAGACCUGGAACCCUUGCAGAAGUUUGAAUAUGGGCAAGAAGUGAUGCUGGACUCAUGGCUUGGCAGAAUUGAAGGCUUUGAUAUACAGGUGAUCCUGCUGUUUGCGGAUGGUGCCAGGUGCCAGGUAGAUGAAAGUGAUCUUUGUCCAUUUCAUGAUAUCGUGGAAAAGAGAUCGACGAGUGAGUUCAGUGAAUGCCCCUUCUAUCCUGGUCAAGAAUUAAAGGGUCAUUUGGAUUCACUUAGCGAUGCCAGGUGGUUGAAUUCUACUUCCCGCUACUGCCACAGAACUGCCAACAAGAAAGGAAAAAGCACCUCUGUUGUAGUCAAAGUAGAAAAGAUUGUCUACAAGAGUGUCGAAGUUCAUUGGCUAUAUAGAGGCUUUGAGAAAAGUGAUCAUGUCAAUGAGGCAUUGAGUCCACCACCUAAUGUCAUUGAAGGAGAUAAUGUGGAGAGGUUGAAGAUUCUGGACUGGUUCAGUCACUGCAGUGUUCAGAUUGGCGACUUUAUGACUUACCGCAUCAAAAAUGAUGACAUUAUCACCUCCAUUGAGCCUGCCAAAGCCUAUGACCCCAAGACAGCAUUUAUAAAAGAUGCUGCUGUGAAAGUUGUACGGGACAAUGAUAACAAGAAACAGGAUGAGCCUGUUACCAACUCUGUGACAAGUGGUACAUCCAUAGACAAAGAAACAGAUGAUGGUGAUGAUGCAGAUUUCGAGGAUGUUGAUGAUGGAGACAAAUCUUGUCUGCUUGAGAAAAAUGGUGCCAGUGGGGGCAGAGGUACUGGUGGUGGACAUGGGGGGCGGAAACGCAGCAGGGUUGUGAAGAGCUUCGGACAGCGGCAGAAAUCAGGGAAGCAAGGGCACAAUCAGAAAACUAACAAUAAAAAACAACGAGCUGUUAAGGAAUGUUCCUUCAAACCUGAUGAAGUGGUACAAGUGGAAGUGGAAUUCACAACAUCAUGGGCAGCAGUUAUGUGGCAGGAUGGAACAGUGGAAAAGGAUAUUCCUUCUUUAGAACUAUUUCCAGUGCACCAUUUAGAUGAUUUAGAGUUUUUUCCUGGGGACUUUGUUCUUUCUACUGUAGACCUUCCAGAGCCAGCUGAUUAUGGUGUUGUUGUGAAAGCCGACCAUGCUGAAAGGACCUGUUUAGUGCAUUGGAUGAAAACAUAUGAAGUGGGCAAAGCCACUGCACCAACAAUUGUUGCCAGCAAUUGUGAAGUGAGUGUGUACGACAUCUCAGAUCAUCCUGAUUACAAGUUCCGACCCGGCCAAAGCAUUGUUCGUGUGGGCGGCUUUGAGCACCUGCCAACGGAACCAGGAACGCCCUUGCAGGCUGUUGGUCAAAUCUUUGAAAUGGAUGCUAAUGGUCACCUUGUGGUCAAGUGGGCUGAUGGAUCUAUUAGCCAGUGUUAUCCACAAGAAGUGUACAUUAUAUCUGAGGAUAUGGAUGAUGUGAGUGACAAUAGUGUUGAAAGCUGGGCAUCCGAAUCUGAGUAUGAGACGGAUGGGUCAGGUGAGAUCUGGGAAACAGAAUCAGAGAAUGAGAUCAUUGGUGAAGACAGCGAUGAUAAAGAUGGCAAAGAUGACAGUGGCUUUGAUCAGGGAGCCCUUUGUGUACACAAGCAAAAGUUGGAUGCUUUACUCUCCCGAGCUGAAGUUGCUCUUGUCAAACUGCAGAAGCUUCUUAAUGUCUUUGAUAUUUCUGCUGUGUCUGUGCCUGAAUGCUUUCAUGACAUUAUUCGCAUCUACCGCAGCUGUCACGACCUCGACCACAUCCUCCAAUCUUCAUUCUUCAGUGAUCCAGAACUGCAGUCAUUGAUCACUCAGGCCAAGAAGGAGAUCAGACGUGACAAGGCAAACAAAAUUUCCAAGCAUUUGUCUCAAUUGUUUGAAGCUUGGAGCAGCUCGUUGCCAGCAGAGGAUGGAGAAAAUGUAGGCACAGUGGCAAUUGGUGGGAAAACUAUUCGUGUUAGUGCUAAGAGAAAAGCAGCAGACAUUGAAGUCUCACUUCAGGUGCCUGCAGGAGAAGGGGACAGCUGUGAUAGUUCUCAUUCACAGUUGAAGUCUGGUGCAGCUGGGGGUAGUGAUGCGUCUGAAGGUAGCAAUGUCAGCAUGCUGAUUCAUGACUCGCCUGCUGUCUCAGAUCUGAUUAACGCUUGUGAUACACUUUAUGAACUGAAGGGAAUGAAGGAACUGAGUGAAGUUGCCGUGAAUGAUUGUAGCAGAAGUGGAUCUCAUGAGAGAAGAUCCUCAGAUCCGUCAAGUAUUAGUGCUGCUUUUGCUUUUAAAAAUAAGAAGAAGAAUAAAGAUGCUAACCUGGUAGGUGAGAACUGUGUUUCUAAAGCUGCCAAACGUACAAAAUCAGAUGGCUUUGAUGAUUCUGGUCAUGAAGCUAAGAAAAGUAGAGAUGAAACCAUGACAGCCACUCAUGUUGCUCAAGAUCUCUGCUACAAAAUUUGUGAAAGUCUCCAAAAACAAAUAUUAAAAAUUCAUGAAGAGGUCAACAAAAGGACUAGGAGACUAAUUAAUGUCACUGCAAAGCACAUUGCUGCAAAUGAGAGCACUGUCUCAAAAGAUGCGAACGUACCAGUUUCGCCAGGGAGUGACUCCAGCGAGACUGUGGGGUGUGAUCAUAAUGAAGGUCCGGAUGUUUCAAAUCCAGUAGAGCAGGAUGCAGGUUGUGUGAAAAUAGAUAACGACCCAGCUUCAUCAGUCUUGUCACCACCAUCUGCUGAAGUUAAAGACAGUGCUAACGAAGAGAAGUGUCUAGAAAAAGACAAACCAUUUGUAACAGAUAACAUUGAACUGGUUGAAGAGAAGACUACAAACCAAGAUGAACCUUUAGCUGUCAAGGAAGAAGCUUGCGAAGCAGUGUCCUCUAACAGCUGUAUCUCACUGAAGGAAGAAGCUUCUGAAACUCUUGAGGAUGUCAAAGAAAUGCUGGAUCCAUGCAAAGGGUUUUGUAUGUAUGGUGAGGCUCAGUCAUUUCAUACUUACAUAUCACGAGAAAGUCAACCAGCAAAUCCGCGUGUUUUCAGAACCACUGUCAGGAAAGAGCUCAAACUGUUUCAAACCAGUCUGCCUGACGGUAUAUUCAUUAAAGGAUUUGAGGAUAGACUUGAUCUAUACUCAGUGAUGAUUCUGGGACCAGCAGGCACACCUUACGAGGACGGCCUGUUCUUGUUCGACAUGAUGUUGCCUAAUGACUACCCGAAUGCUCCACCACUAUGCCACUAUCACUCGUACUGUAGUGACCGUUUGAACCCUAAUCUGUAUGAGGAUGGAAAGGUUUGUGUUUCAUUGUUGGGUACGUGGGCAGGCAAGGGGACCGAGGUAUGGACAUCCAAGUCCAGUCUGCUGCAAGUGUUAGUUUCUAUACAAG